GCGCGGACAUGGCCUCGCGCGGCGCCCGCCCGGGCCCGAGCACCCCGCGCCCCGCGCAGUAGCCCCGCGAAGAGGCGGCCUUGACGGUGCCGACGGCGCAGACGGCCGGGCGGGCGGCAUGGAGGCGGCGCACCUGCUCCCGGCCGCCGACGUGCUGCGCGGCUUCUCGGUGACGGCCGAGGGCGGUCUGAGCCCGGAGCAGGUGACCGGCGCGCGGGAGCGCUACGGCCUCAACGAGCUCCCGACCGAGGAAGGAAAGUCCCUGUGGGAGCUGGUGCUGGAGCAGUUUGAGGACCUCCUGGUGCGCAUCCUGCUGCUGGCCGCCCUGGUUUCCUUCGUCCUGGCCUGGUUCGAGGAGGGCGAGGAGACCACGACAGCCUUCGUGGAGCCCCUGGUCAUCAUGCUGAUUCUUGUGGCCAAUGCGAUCGUGGGCGUGUGGCAGGAACGCAACGCCGAGAGUGCCAUCGAGGCCCUAAAGGAGUAUGAGCCUGAGAUGGGCAAGGUGAUCCGCUCGGACCGCAAGGGUGUGCAGAGGAUCCGUGCCCGGGACAUCGUCCCCGGAGACAUCGUGGAAGUGGCUGUGGGAGACAAAGUGCCCGCUGACCUCCGCCUCAUCGAGAUCAAGUCCACCACGCUGAGGGUGGACCAGUCUAUCCUGACAGGUGAAUCCGUGUCCGUGACCAAGCACACGGAUGCCAUCCCUGAUCCCAGAGCUGUGAACCAGGACAAGAAGAACAUGGUGUUUUCUGGCACCAACAUCGCGUCGGGCAAGGCAGUGGGUGUGGUAGUGGCCACGGGCCUGCACACGGAGCUGGGUAAGAUCCGGAGCCAGAUGGCAGCGGUGGAGCCAGAGCGGACGCCGCUGCAGAACAAGCUGGAUGAGUUUGGGCGGCAGCUGUCCCGUGCCAUCUCUGUGAUCUGCGUGGCCGUGUGGGUCAUUAACAUCGGCCACUUCGCCGACCCAGCCCACGGCGGCUCCUGGUUCCGUGGUGCCGUCUACUACUUCAAGAUUGCCGUGGCCUUGGCUGUGGCCGCCAUCCCUGAGGGCCUCCCAGCUGUCAUCACUACAUGCCUGGCACUGGGCACACGGCGCAUGGCACGCAAGAAUGCCAUCGUGCGGAGUCUGCCCUCUGUGGAGACCCUGGGCUGCACCUCGGUCAUCUGCUCCGACAAGACGGGCACGCUCACCACCAAUCAGAUGUCUGUCUGUCGGAUGUUCGUGGUAGCCGAGGCCGAAGCGGGCUCCUGCCGUUUGCACGAGUUCACCAUCUCUGGCACCACGUACGCCCCUGAGGGCGAAGUGCGGCAGGGGGAACAGCGUGUGCGCUGCGGGCAGUUCGACGGGCUGGUGGAGCUGGCGACUAUCUGUGCCCUGUGCAACGACUCGGCCCUGGACUACAACGAGGCCAAGGGCGUGUAUGAGAAGGUGGGAGAGGCCACGGAGACGGCCCUGACUUGCCUGGUGGAGAAGAUGAAUGUGUUCGACACUGACCUGCAGGCCUUGUCCCGGGUGGAGCGAGCCAGCGCCUGCAACACGGUCAUCAAGCAGCUGAUGCGGAAGGAGUUCACACUGGAGUUCUCCCGAGACCGGAAGUCCAUGUCGGUGUAUUGCACGCCCACCCGCCCUAGCGCCGCGGCCCAGGGCAGCAAGAUGUUCGUGAAGGGGGCCCCUGAGAGUGUGAUGGAGCGCUGCAGCUCAGUGCGCGUGGGGAGCCGCACGGUACCCCUGAACCCCGCCUCCCGGGAGCACAUCCUGGCCAAGAUCCGCGACUGGGGCUCAGGCUCGGACACGCUGCGCUGCCUGGCACUGGCCACCCGAGAUGCACCCCCGAGGAAGGAGGACAUGCAGCUGGACGACUGCAGCAAGUUUGUGGAGUACGAGACGGACCUGACUUUCGUGGGCUGCGUGGGCAUGCUGGACCCUCCGAGGCCCGAGGUGGCUGCCUGCAUCGCACGCUGCUACCGGGCGGGCAUCCGUGUGGUCAUGAUCACAGGGGACAACAAAGGCACAGCCGUGGCCAUCUGCCACCGGCUUGGCAUCUUCGAGGACACGGAGGACGUGACAGGCAAGGCCUACACAGGCCGCGAAUUCGAUGACCUCAGCCCCGAGCAGCAGCGCCACGCCUGCCGCACGGCCCGCUGCUUUGCCCGUGUGGAACCUGCACACAAGUCCCGAAUCGUGGAGAACUUACAGUCCUUUCACGAGAUCACUGCUAUGACUGGAGACGGGGUGAAUGAUGCCCCAGCCCUGAAGAAAGCAGAGAUCGGCAUUGCCAUGGGCUCUGGCACAGCCGUGGCCAAGUCGGCGGCAGAGAUGGUGCUCUCAGACGACAACUUUGCCUCCAUCGUGGCUGCGGUGGAGGAGGGCCGGGCCAUCUAUAGCAACAUGAAGCAAUUCAUCCGCUACCUCAUCUCCUCCAAUGUCGGCGAGGUCGUCUGCAUCUUCCUCACAGCCAUUCUGGGCCUGCCCGAAGCCCUGAUCCCUGUGCAGCUGCUCUGGGUGAAUCUGGUGACGGACGGCCUACCUGCCACGGCCCUGGGCUUCAACCCCCCAGACCUGGACAUUAUGGAGAAGCUGCCCCGGAACCCUCGUGAGGCCCUCAUCAGUGGCUGGCUCUUCUUCCGAUAUCUGGCUAUUGGAGUGUACGUUGGCCUGGCCACAGUGGCUGCCGCCACCUGGUGGUUCCUGUAUGAUGCCGAAGGACCUCACGUCACCUUCUACCAGCUGAGGAACUUCCUGAAGUGCUCCGAGGACAACCCGCUCUUUGCUGACAUCGACUGCAAGGUCUUCGAGUCACGCUUCCCCACAACCAUGGCCUUGUCUGUGCUGGUGACCAUUGAAAUGUGCAACGCCCUCAACAGCGUCUCAGAGAACCAGUCGUUGCUGCGGAUGCCGCCCUGGCUGAACCCCUGGCUGCUGGCAGCCGUGGCCAUGUCCAUGGCCCUGCACUUCCUCAUCCUGCUGGUGCCGCCCCUGCCCCUCAUUUUCCAGGUGACCCCACUGAGCGGGCGCCAGUGGGUAGUGGUGCUCCAGAUAUCCCUGCCGGUCAUCCUGCUGGACGAGGCCCUCAAGUACCUGUCCCGGAACCACAUGGACGCCUGUCUUUAUCCAUGCAUUCUCAGGACAGUCUCCCAGGCAUGGAGUGGGCAGCCGCUGACCACCUCCCAGACCCCAGACCACACGGGUUGGCCUCUGGUAAGAAAAGGACCAGAAGUGAGUGCCAGAAGCAGAGUGGAGUCUCCCGUGCGUACCUCAGACUGAUGGUGCCCCAGCAUCCACCCCCACUCUCUGUGCCGCCACCACGCUCCCCCGCUUGCUCACUGGGCCCUGCCGAGGCCGGACAGCUACCCCCAGGCCCAGGCCCAGGCCCAGGCCCGGGGUCUCUGUCCCUGCUGCCAUCUGCCUGGGAGCUCUGUAAUUCCUGUCUCUGGGACUCUUCUGGGAAGUUCGCCCCUGAAGCUCUGGCCCAGGAGCUGCAGCUGGAAGGGGCUUGCCCAGAAGCCAGAGCUGGCGGCAGAUCCAGAGACGCAGAACCCUCCACCCCCAAAUCCACGAGCACGUUCCAGAGCCUACACUCCCUCACUUGGAGGCUGAGCAUUUAUUUGGUGACUGGCGCCUCUGCACUGACAGAGGACUCCCUGGGGGCCCCUCUGACCUCUCUCUUAGUGUCUGCUCUGGGGCCUGGUCGGCCGGGGGUGGAGGGGGGGAACAUCUGGGCCCAGCUGUGCACAGCGAGGGCAGGCAGCCCCCCCACUCUGCUCUGCUUGCACAAAGUCAGCUCAUGAGGACUUGAGCCUGUUUCUUUUUAUAUGUGCAGGGAGUUGAAGGGUCAGAGGGGGACAUAGGAGUGGGGAGGGGGGCUGAGCAAGGACCCCCUUCCUGGGAGAUGGCCAGCCUUCCUUCCUCAGAUCGGCGCGCUCCCACACUCAGGUUUCUCUGUCCUAAGCAAAUGAGACAUGCAGUCUCCGUGUUGCCUGCUCUGCCAAGCAGAGGCCGGAUGUGCCCAAACAUCCUUGGGUCUCUGACCACUGUGCCCUCCCACCCCAACCCAGUGUGCGGUCAUCUCGCGGUCUGCACAGCUGGGUGAUUCUGAGUCCCCUGGACUCUUGACCUCACUCUUUGCCCCCAACUGCACACACCCAUGAGCCAAAAAGAUGCCACUAAGAAUGGCCAGUUACCCAAGGGCACUUCCUCUCCCUCCCUCCUUGCUGGAGGAACGCAUGUCCACGUGGAUCAUGUCAGAUCAUAGGAAAAGAGCAUUUGCUGGACAGAAAUGUCCUCUUAACGCAGCUUUUGCCCCUUUGGCAAAAACUAGCUAGGCGUAGAAGAAAACAGUGCAUAAAUGACUGUGUCCUUGGCCUCCCAGGCAGUGUACAAAGUGAUUAUUUUAUAUGUAAAUCAAGACCCACGUCCCUGUCCUGGUCCCCAGAAUCAAAAGCCCACUUGGCCUGCCUUGCAGACAAAUGGGCUUCACGUUCUGUGGCCCCUUCCCCCACGCCUUCUACCCUCUCUCACAGGUUCUAGGGGGGCUGUGAGCGCAGCAGAGUCGGGGUGCUCCUCUUGUGCCCACAGAGAUUCUCUGCUUUCCUGCGUGGGAAGGGAGGUCUGGGCGGCGGCAGGGCCCCAUCACCCCCCUGACAUGCCGUCUGGUAGAGAAAUAAAGGUCAAGUGCCUGGGGCAGCGAAAGAC